CGGGGGGGUGGUAGGCGGCGGUGGGGAAGAUGGCGUACCAGAGCCUCCGGCUGGAGUACCUGCAGAUCCCACCAGUUAGCCGCGCCUACACCACCGCCUGCGUCCUCACCACCGCCGCUGUGCAGUUGGAAUUGAUCACACCUUUUCAAUUGUACUUCAAUCCUGAAUUAAUCUUUAAACACUUUCAAAUAUGGAGGCUAAUCACCAAUUUCUUAUUUUUUGGGCCAGUUGGAUUCAAUUUUUUAUUUAACAUGAUUUUUCUAUAUCGUUACUGUCGAAUGCUAGAAGAAGGCUCUUUCCGAGGUCGGACAGCAGACUUUGUAUUUAUGUUCCUUUUUGGUGGAUUCUUAAUGACUCUUUUUGGUUUGUUUGUGAGCUUAGUAUUCUUGGGCCAGGCCUUUACAAUAAUGCUUGUCUACGUGUGGAGCCGAAGAAACCCAUAUGUCCGCAUGAACUUCUUCGGCCUUCUCAAUUUCCAGGCCCCCUUUCUACCCUGGGUGCUCAUGGGCUUUUCCUUGUUGUUGGGGAACUCAAUCAUUGUGGACCUCUUGGGUAUUGCAGUUGGACACAUAUAUUUUUUCUUGGAAGAUGUAUUUCCCAAUCAGCCUGGUGGAAUAAGAAUUCUGAAAACACCAUCUAUUUUGAAGGCUAUUUUUGAUACACCAGAUGAGGAUCCAAACUACAAUCCACUACCUGAAGAGCGGCCGGGAGGCUUCGCCUGGGGUGAGGGCCAGCGCCUCGGCGGUUAAAGUGGCAGUGCCAACAACGAGACCCCGCUGGGGAGGACUUGGUGACACACCCAUUGGGAUUCUUUUAUCCUUUGUAUUGCAAAAGUGUGGACACUUUUGACAGCUUGACGGAUUUUAACUCCAGAAGCACUUUAUGAAAUGGUACACUGAUUAAUCCGGAAGACAUUUCCAACAGUUUGGCCAGUGGUUCCUCACUACACUGGUACUGAAAGGGUAGUCGCUUGGAGCCAAAAAACUGGAGAAACAAACACCCUGCCACCUCUAACGAACAAGUACAUGAGUACUUGAGUUCUGUGGGAUAAGGCAGAGCUUUUUCCUCCUCUUCUUUGGUAGAUGAGGCCAUGGUGUAAAUGGAAGUUUCAGAGAGGACAAAAUAAAACUGAAUUCCAUCUCUCUCUCACUGAAUUAAAGCUUUUGUGUGUGAUCUUUUAAAUUAUGAUACUGUAUUCUAGCUCUCCUGCAUAGGUCUGAGCUCAGAGCAGUUUACUAUGCCCGCUCUUCCUGUGUCUUCACAGCUUUUGACUGGAUUUCAUUUCACGAUUGGAAGUAUGUGGCUGUAUACACAUCUGACUAAUUCAGAAUGCCAGCUCCAGUAGGAAGAAGAUUUAGUUCUGUUGUCUAGGUAGUUUGUUCUCUGUCUGGGUUUUGCAGAACUUCAAGUUGUCAUAUAGUGUGGAAGAAUGGGGGAGGGUGGUUCUUGUGGCAGCAGGAAUUCAGCUAUAGGAGAGUCAGCUAUAAGUGGAAAGCUAGUAUGGCAUCUGCUUGCAUUUCUCCAGUAAGAAAUAUCUAAGGAAAGACAGGUAAUAGCCACGUUUUUGGAAAACAACAGGAAGAUCUUCUUUCAACCUGGAAAACAAGUUAGAGUGUUGACUUUGGAGCCAGAUAAACAGGUAGCAGUUAGGCAAGGAUCCAUUUCUCCUGGGUCUUUUGCUGGUUGACCUUUGACAUUUGCUUCAUGAAAAGCCAAUGAAUUUUACCUGGUGUACCUUCCCAAUCAGGCAGAAAUUAGACAGGGUCUGCAGAAGUAGGCAGUUAAUGCCUGUGGUUCAAUAAAUACCUAAAAUAUUAACUUCCCUCAGUUUCAACAGGUUUGCGUUCACACUGCUUAAGUAGUUCAGAGAACCCAGAGGAAUAAAACGGAUACCCCCAGGGAAGAGAUUAUUUAUUUCAAACAGUUUUCAUAAAUAGCAUGUAGGCACAGGAUCUACAUGUUCCCACUAGUUCCAGCUCACUUAAGUGGUAGCUUCCUAGAGUGUGAGAUUUUCCUCAGAAAAAUGGACAUGAGGUUUAGAUUAAACAUAGUAAAGAACCCAAGUGGGAAUUUUUGGAUUGUUUGUGAAAAGUAUUUUAAUAUCUUUAAAUGGAAUAUGCAUAAGUAAUGGAAUUUAAUAUACAUAUUUUACAUGUUGCUAGUCAGUAACUUUGAAUAUGAUUGUUGCAAUUUUAUGGAACUUGGGAUAAUAGGACUGCUUUUUUCUUCUAAGUGGUUUUAAAAAAUCUUUGAAGUUUAAAUGCCAAUCUUAGAAUGUAUAAUCCUUAUGGGAUUCUGAAAUUUUGUCAUAUCUUGUUUGUUCAGGAAAGCUUGAAUUUAAUUAGAAGGGGUUUUUUUUAAUGUUUAUUUUGGGGCUAGAAAUAGGUUUCUCUAGUUUUAUUUGUUCUCCCUUAGUUAACUUUGAGUUAUCCAAUUCAUGAAACUUUUGUGGUAAAAUUUUAAUCCUAAAAUCUGUUCACUGUUCAUUUAAGUAGGGGAUGUCUGUACAUAUUAAUGACUGGGUAAAUAGGGAACAAGUUUUGAAUUUAUGGCGUAAACACAG